CUCAGCCUCUUGGAGAGCCUCUGAGCUGCGGCGGCGCAGGAGGGGGCGAUUUGGCCAGGGCGCGGCCUCCGGGACACGCAUUCCCCACGCUCUCUCUCUGUGGCCACUAGGGAGCCUCGAGGCAGUCCGUUGCCCCACUUGGCCACCCGCUCUGUGAUCCCUUUUUGCUCCUGCCUCUUCUUGUCACCUCUCGUCUCACCCUUCUCGCUCCAUCCCGCCCCCCCCCCCAACUCCAGCGCAUCCACAGCCAUCGGAGCGCCUCUGAGAGCAGGAGGUGCUGUGCCGGGCUGCAGGGCGCACCCUCAAAAGGUCCCCAGCUCGACAUUGGGGGCCCACGGGCGACAGCAUGGAUACCAAGCGCUGUUUCGCUAACCGCUUCGAUGACUACCAGGGUAGCCUGCUGGUGGGCCAGUGCGAGGAGGCUGUGGCGCCCUUGGUCACCUCUACCAUCGAACGCAUCCUUCAGGAGCUGCCCCCGCUGGGGGGCGGCGCUGAAGCCCGAGGGGCGACGGCCGCGGGCAGCAGCUGCCAGGGGGGUCUGUACAGCGGAGUGGCCGGGGUGGCCUACAUGCUCUACCACGUUUCACAGAGCCCGCUUUUCGCCUCCGCCCGAGAGCGCUACCUGCGCUCCGCCAAGCGCCUCAUCGACGCGUGCUCCCGCGCCGAGGAGUGGGGCGAGCCGGACGCGGACACCCGCGCCGCCUUUCUACUCGGGGGAGCGGGCGUGCACGCGGUGGCCACGCUCGUGUACCACGCCCUGGGCCGCUCCGACUAUGUGCAGCCCCUCGGCAAGUUCCGGGCUCUGUGCGCUGUUUGCGCGCCUGUCUCCUUCCUAGAGUGCGGCUCCGACGAGCUGUUCGUGGGCCGCGCUGGCUACCUGUGCGCCGCGCUGGUGCUCAAGCAGAAACUCGCUCAGGAGGUACUAACCCCAGCACAAAUUAAAUCAAUAUGUCAGGCAAUUCUGGACUCGGGGAAGCAGUAUGCAUUGAAGAAGAGGAAACCAUUCCCCCUGAUGUAUUCCUACUAUGGAACCGAAUACUUGGGGGCAGCUCAUGGCCUGUCAUCCAUACUCCAGAUGCUGCUUUCUUACCAUGAACAUCUCAAGCCUUCAGACCGUGAGCUGGUGUGGCAGAGUGUGGACUUCCUCAUGGAACAGGAGCAGAAUUGCAACUGGCCACCCGAGCUUGGAGAGACCAUCGAGAGAGAGAACGAACUGGUCCACUGGUGCCACGGUGCUCCAGGAAUUGCUUAUCUGUUUGCCAAAGCUUAUCUCGUUUCCAAGAAACCACAGUACCUGGACACUUGCAUUCGGUGUGGGGAGCUAACAUGGCAGAAAGGCCUGCUGAAGAAGGGGCCAGGGAUUUGCCACGGGGUAGCCGGCAGUGCCUAUGUCUUCCUUCUGCUGUACCGUCUUACAGGAAACUCGAAAUACAUCUACCGUGCCCAAAGGUUUGCUCAGUUCUUAUUCACUGAAGAAUUCAAAGCUGGUUCACGGGUUCUGGAAAGCAUAUACAGCUUGUAUGAAGGCUUCUCUGGGACUGUUUGCUUUCUCAUUGAUUUGCUGCAGCCCAAUCAGGCUGAAUUCCCUCUCUUCAGCGUCUUUGUUUAAAAGGCUCCAUCUCCCAUUGCAGCUGGCUGAAGUCCCCUGAGUUUUCCUGAGCCUCCUCUAGGCAGUUUUCCAUGUAAUCCACAUCCAAUGAUAUCGCGAUCCUGAGCCUUCACUUUGCUGCCAAAAGGAUGAGAUCAGUCUGAUGAGAACAGCACGAUACCAGACUGGAGAGAGAGCCUGCCAAACAGAGAUGCCACAACUCAUCUACAAAUCACAGAUUUAACGUUUCAGGGGAGAGAUGUAAAACCCAUGAGCAGAGAGACAAGCGAAAACAAAUAAUAAUGUUUUUCAGUUCAUGACACAAAAGGCAAAAGUGAACUGUAGAUGAUGGGGAUAAAAUGCCAACACUUUCAAAACUGAAGAAAAAUUUGACCAUCUGUCUAUGCCCUCCACCCCUAAAUUCAGAAGUAAGGACAACUGGAAUCUAAAAUAAGUUUGCCCUGUUAAAAACUGUUAGCAGGGAUCAAGUGUCAGGGUGAAAGACGUGAAAAGAAACUGUUGGUUGUCUUGGGCCUUUACUUUCUGAAAUUCAUAAUUUUUUUCUGAGUGGAGAUAUUUGCAUAUGUAUGUGGUUUUUAAAAUCACUAUCCUGGGCACUUAAAAAAAAGUUAUACCAUAGCUUAUUUUAAACACUGAAAUUUGAAGCUGCCUUAGGCCUUAGACUAUGUUUUUUCCUAGUUUCUUUUUCUUUACUAGAGCUCAGAAUAGUAAGAUUUGGGCAGGAAGGAGGGGAGCUUACUAGCUUAGGGUAUAGCUUGUUUAGUAUGCACAGAGCCCCAGUUCCAUGCCUGGCACCACAAAUAAACAAAACAAAAAACAAAAACUGGAAGACAGGAUAAUUCAUACCUAGCAAAUAAGUGUCGUCAUGUGUUUAUCUCAAUUUGAAGUGUGACCUGUAUAUUGUGUAUUGUUAGUAAUUUUUCAAAUGCCUUUAUCUUUGUAAAUCUCAGUACACAGACUGUAAAAUAUGUUCUAGGUGAAAAUCGCUCAUCUCAAAAAUCAGGGUAACUACCACAAAGGUAAGUCAUUUCUCUAAUUCAUGGGUUACUAUGAAAGACAUGGGAUAAGAAAAAUAGAAGUGGCUAUAGAAAGAAUGAUGCUCCAUUUCAUCCUAUUCGAUUAAGAGUGCAAUGAACUUCCUGGCUGUCACCUUGCCCUGCAGAACACAGGACAUGCUAGAGACCAGCUAUCAUAUCAGUUGAUUCUAGUUAUCAUAUCUAGUUUACUCCUGCUAUAAACACAAGUUAUAAAAAAUGCUUCAAGUCCAUAGUAGAUUGUUGAACACUAAUAGGAGCCAAUAUACAGAACAUGAAGUUUUCCACAGUCCUGGUAUUUGAGCAUUGACGUUCAGACAUCAUAUUAAGGAAACAGUUGUGCUGUAUACAAUAUCGUUAUUUCAGCAGUCAUUAGGUAUUUGGAUAUGUAUAUAAAUGUAGGUACAUGUGUGCAUAUGCAACAUCUAUCCCCACAUAAACUGAAACACUAUUUGAACUGUAGAUAGACUUUGUUUUUUGGGAGGCAUUAGGUAAUACUCUGCUGCUUGGAAACAUUUGUAUGUGUUGUGCCUUGUGGAGCUGUAGGUCCCAAUGGAUUUGUAUGGGUUUGGAUGCAUGUUGUAUGUGUGACCCUAUUUUGAAAAAGAGGACCUCUUGUAUUCUUAAGAUUCUCAAAGAAUCUUACCAAAGAAAAGAACUGUCUUUUUUAUAUUUUAUGACUCUUUGUACGUUUACAAUCAUCAACAGAAAGUGGGACAAAAUAAUUUUUGUAAAAUAGGUACCUUGUUGGCUUAUUGUCCCAUUUCCACACCCUAAGAUUUCAACAAUAUAAAAAUGGCUUCAAUUGCUUAUCUGUGAAAAUAGUGUUUGGAGUAAAAAUUAGAUUCCAGAAGUCCUUUCUUGAGGAGGGCAAUCAAGUUUUGGAAAACUUUAAGGAAGAUGUUGUCCACAGAAUGACCUCCUUUCCAAAGGACAGUGACAGCUGCUUCACCUUCUCAUUUUAAAUGCACUUUUUAUGGGCCCUACAGACUAAAGAUAAUAACCAGCCAAUUCUGAUUGGGGCUUUUGUAUUAAAUGAAUAAAUGCUUUUAUUGUGUCUGAGCAGCCAUUCAAUGUGUGUAAAGGUGAUUUCCUUGAAGACUUAGAGUGAGAAAGGAGCAGAACAAGGAUUCAAAGUCAAGUUUCUUCUUUCAAGUUCAUUUGUUCAAUAUUCUAGAUUAGAAGGCAGUAAGCACCACAGUAAACAAAUUACUUGUCCCCUCAAAUGUACAUCCUCUUUAAAAUCUGCCCACCACCUCCACCAUUCAUCAUACAGAAUACAAACCCAAAGGACUAGGAAAUGACACACUGAUGUGUUGUAUGUUUUGUCUCCAGUAGCUUUAGAAAAUUUGGACCUACCUUUUAAAGUUGCAAUACACUGACUAUGACUUUGUGCUGAUCACUGUGAAAAGGCUACUCUUUUUGUAUAUUAUAUCCAAAAAAGUGGUAGUUUGGGUGUGGUCUUUCUGUAGCACCACUUCAGUAAACUUCAAGCAAGAAUACACUUUUAUGUGGCUCUUAAACCUAUUAUUGAAACUUUUCACUUUCCUUAAAGAAAAGUGCUGUUGAUUUGGGAGGGUCAUCUUCUAUCUUAUUUUCCCAAGAGAGGGAAGAAAGACACAUAUCUUUAGUAGGAAAGUAAGUCAUGUUAUCUAUUUCAUUAUCAGUUUCAUGUGUGGCAACAUUCUUAUGUUAAAGCUUGCUCCCUAAUGAAGGCUACGGUGGCAUUUAAAAAAGAUUUUUAACAAUUAUUUUUAAUUACACAUAUGUGUGUAGAUGAGAGUGCUGGGGCUUGUGGAUGCCAGAGGUGUUAUAUCUAUUUGAAGAUGCAGUUAUGGACAGCCCUGAGCCACAUGAUGUGAAUUCUGGGAAUGGAAUUCCAACUUGGCUCCCCAUGCUCUUAACUGCUGAGCCAUCCCUCCAGCUCUUGCUCUGGCAGUUCUACCACUAUUCAAGCAUUAGUACUGUUUACUCUGUAGGACAAAAACAAUUAUGCAUGCUGAACGGAGAUGUUUGAGGGUUCAUUGAAAGAGUCCUAACAAUAAGGAAGGAGACUGAAUUAUACUUCGAUAGCAAUAUAUUUUGUUAAACAUUGCAGGUCUGUGGAAUUAACACAGUUACAUACCUUUCUACACAUUAACUGUCUGUAUUUGUUUUACUCAAUCACAUUGCUGUUUUUUUUGUUUUUUUUGUCCAUAAUUUUAUUUUUCUCAUUAGUUACAUUCACAUUGCUGUUUUGCUUCUUUUCAGCUUGUAACAUGAUAUUUAAAGAGAAUAGAAGUUUGACUGUGUAUUUCCUACUGUUUUUUCCAGGCAAUUGAAUAUGUUGUUAAGACAGUAGUCUUCAAUUAUGAUAAUUCAUUACACUGAUAGAAUAAUCUAUUUGGUUCAUAGUGAAUCCCAUAUCCUCCUCUGGCAACUUACUUCUUUAGUUUUCUUUGGGAUUUUAAUCAAAGUGUUAUGCGAAUUGUUCUCAUUACGUAGAGAGCAUAUCUCAGUAAUUCCGGCACAAGAAAUACAAGUUUGGGGUUUAAAACUAAGCUAAGAAAGUAUACACAGGUUGAAGGUGUAACUCAGUAGUAGGACACAUAUCUUGCAUGCAUACAACCCUAAGCCCUAUUUCCACCAUUAGGCACAAAAAUAAAGAAGACACACAAUUAGAAGGGAACAGCAACGUCCAGAGAACCAUGUUAGAAAUUCCAAAGCCUUGCUCUGCCACUUUCCUGCGUGCACUGUAUAUAGUAGUUGCCUUGUCUAAUUCACAGAAUUGUCAUAGGGGUUAUUUGUAAUAUACAGGCUCUUUGUUACUUAAAAAGACUUCUAUAUUUUAUGUGCAUACUAUAUGCACUAAAAUUAUGCUAAGUUCAUAUGAAAAAACAAACAAAAACCACAUGUCAUGUGUUGAUGCAGUGCUUGAGGUCCAGGUCAUUAGAUGGGUAAAAUCUAAGUGUAUACAUUUUAUAUCCUACCACCAAUUCUGGCUGUGGUGUUUGAGCCUCAGAGUUUCUGAAUUUACCCCAGAGAAUUGGCAUUGUUGUCUAGAAGCUCUUUUUUAACCAAAUAUUUAUUUUGCUUACUGAAAAUAAAGAAUUGUCGUGCCAGUAACUCAAGAAAAGGGGGCACUAGGCCUGAUCUAGCAGCAACAAUGGAUUGGGAAAUAGGACAAUUUAACAUUGACUUUGACUCCUCACUUUAAUAUGGUCCUCAGAGGUGUGUGACCUCUAGGAAUAGAAUUAUACUGCUUGUGAGGCCACCCUUGAGUAUGUCUCAAAUUAAUAGCUGAAAUGCCUAAACAUCAAGUUUACCAAGAUCAAAUUACCAUAUGAUGUUAGCAUAAAUUUGGCUAGGAAAGUGAAUGAGAGGGCAGGGUAAGGGGUUAGGAGCUGCUUACCAAAGCUCAGCAUCUGUGAGUAAUUUGCACAUGUGAAUUUUGUGGCACUAAGAAUAGGUAUAAUUUUACCAAUGGAUUUACAUGCUUCCUAGAAUCUCUUUAAUCCUAAACCACCUUCAUUUCAGCAUUCUGAUCGCUUAUCUCUAAAUGGCUCUUUCUGAUAAUGGAUUUUUUUCCCUUUGUCUGUUAUAAUCACACACAUGGCCUUUUUUCUCCUGGGUAGGCAGGCUUUCCCUUAUCCCUGUCCACAUCUGUUCUUAGCUAAGAGAACGGGGCUCUUAGACUUGAUUCCACUUUGGACAAAAGGGCUGAUGUCAAGGUUAGUAGCAGCAAGAAUUGGGACUACUCUGUAGUCAGAUCACAAGUCCAGGGCAAGCUGUCACAAGAGUACCUGUGGUGUGAGAAUAAGAUAAUAGCUGCAUGUAUUUUGCUUCUGCUCCAUAAAAGGGAGUGGUCAUAUUGGUUUUAGUGUCAUAAAAGACAAAAAAUUAAGUCCUACAUGGACUUUGCCCAUGGUCUUAAAUCCUUCACUGGAGGAGCAAUCUCUCCCCUUACUUUGUAAUUUGAAAGUGUUAAUGAAUUGGGACCUAAUGCAUGAUGCUGUUAAAGUUUAAAAGAAUAUUCAUUUUCAUCUUCUUUAAAUAUUGGACAUUGUCCUUUCUAUCUAGAUCACUUUACAAUUAAGAAAAUCUCAUCUGCAGGAUUAUAUACAUCUUCAUUUCCUUUUGUAAAUCAUUCAUUCUGAAUUAACUUUGGAAAGUUAUUUAAAUGGAAAACCAAAUCUUCUGUACUUUUGUUCUGUACUGGGGUAGAAGAAGGGCUGAUGAACUGUAUGGCUCAAGUGAAUAGAUUUAUCUUUGUAUUCGGAAUCAUCUGAAAGGCAAGAUAAGUCAUUUAUUAUAUAGAAUAAGCCUUUAUGAAUUGAAAUCAGCAGAUGGCUUUAGGGUCUUACAUAUAGAUAUAGAUCUUUCGAAAGUACCCUAAUACAACCCCUCUUCUCAUGCCUUCAGAAAUGACUGUAAAAGAAUGGAGAUGGGGAGAAAUAUCUGAGUGUGUAUAUGUGUAAACAGAUUUCACACAUAUAGAAUAAUGCAGCUCUGCUGAAAUUUUCUUCCAUAGUCUUUGCGUGUGAUAUGUUCCUCAGUGUAUAAUCUUGUAUUGUGUAUGAAGUAGCUGUGACUUAGCAAUCAGUUUAAAGAAGACAAAAACUCUGUACAUAUAUACUGUCUUCACAAAUGACCUUAUUACAGCAUAUUUUAGUGGGAUGUCUGUUACCAUCCCCUGAUGUUUUAAUAUCUCUGUAUAAGUGGCAACCAUCAGUAAAAUAAUUUAUGUCACUGAAUUUGGUUCAAGUAGAAUGUAGUCAUCCUUCUAUGUGGAUAUAUUCAAAUAAGCAGAUUGAUUCAAAUAAUCAGUCUUAGCUCUAUCUUUUAGGACUUCAGUAUUUUGAUAUUUAGAGGUGUCUUCUGAAGACUGUAGCAGCAGUAGACUCCUUUUGCUCUUGAAAAUUCAGUAUAACUUCUAUUACAUAGAUGUUCCAUAUAGGAGUACUCUAAGUGCAAUAGAUUGGUCUCAGAAUGUGGUAAAAAACUGUCCAGUCUCUAAUAACAUAAGGGCUCUUCCAACUGGAAACUUCUUGGGGAGCUCUUGAAAGAUAGGUUUGAAUAUUAAUCUUUUGGAUGCAGUGGCAAUAAUCUAAUGGAAUUUUUUAAUGGAUUUUGUAGAAAUUAGUGAAACAGGUUGAAAAGCCAUAUAUAACUGGGGAAUGAUGAAGCACCAUAUACAAGAGUGAAAAGAAUCUAUGUCAUCAAAAGGGUUUUCAUUUCUGCACAGUUUCACAAUGUUUAUAAAAAUAUGAAUGAGUUUAAAAAGUUCAUCUUCUUAAUGGUACAUCUCAUAAGCAGCAAACCAGUACAACUCCUUAAACUUUUGGGGCAGUACCAAAUAAUAAAUUGCCAUUAUAGUAUAACAGCUUACUCCUAAUUGUACCUAACAGUAAACAAGCACCACAAUUUAAUGUACUAUUGAAUUUUGAAGACUGUUCAGUAAGUUAGUAUUGUUAAUAAAGUGAUUUUGCUGUAUUUCUCCACAUAAUUGAGUAAAACAAAAUUAUAAAAAAUAAACCAAAUAUUAGGAAUUUGUUAUUAGCACUCUAAAAAUUCUUUUAAUUUUUAUUGACAUAAAUUUCAACAUCAUUUAUCUGUCACAUAUAACAAGAAUUUUGAAAUACUUCCACACCAAUUGAGAGGCUUUAUAAAAGCCAAAAAUCACACUCUUUGAUUUUUUGCUAAUUAUUAUAUGUCUUUAGGGGUAGUUUAAGGUGCUUGAAAGAUAUAUCAGUAGCAGGUAGUUCCAAACUUAGUGCAAAACACUGUGCUAAGCAUUUUACUAUAUUACAUAAUGUCAUACUAUGGCAUUUUAUAAUAAAACAAAGUUCUCAAGUAUUCUGGCAUAUUACAUAUGAUUAUACCCAUAUAUCGCUUUCUACAAGUCUAUUACCUGUAUACACAUAUUUAAAAAAAAAAAAAAACCAAAGUGGGUAUUUUGAUCUUAGUGAGGAAGUAUAUUGCAAUAUAUGUUGUUGAUUUCAAAUGAAAAUCUACUUAAGUGUUGGGCAGGGAAACUAAGCUAUAAUUGUGUAUAUUCUUCUCAAGGAUAAAAUGGCAAAUGACAAUUUCGAAAGACACAGUGCCUAUGAUAAGUUAAUGUGCAGACCAUGAUCAAGAAGAUUCCAGUUAGAAAUGCUUAUCAGAUUUUAGCUUUUGUUAUCUGUUGUUCCAGGAGCAGGAAGGACAAUUGUCAGUUGAAUUUGCUUCAGCUUCACAGAGACAGUUGCUAACAGUCCACUGCAUGGUGUAAUGUAAUCUCUCCCAAAGCAAGACUGACUCAGAAACUUAAGUGAUACACCUUACUAUUUUUUAACUGCUGCUAUAAUAUUCCCAAAACACUGUGAUCUUUCCAUUGUGUUGUCUGCAUUAGUUUUAUACUGUAGAAAAUAAUCUGCCAUACACUGGACUUUAUUAUGUUUAAAAUGAUGUUUCUGGCUUAUUGCCCACCUGCUCCACAUGGUCUGCUUAAUAAUGUAAAACCUGUGAUAAUCCUUUGCCUUAAAAGCUGAUGCUAAAUAAUUAUUGUGUUCUAAUUAAUAGUUCUUAGCUACCACGUUGAUUUUCCUUUAAAGCUAACUACAGUGUCAAAUAAAAUAU